UAACUCACUAUAUCCUCUGUAGCAAGUCUCACUACUACAAUCUACAAGAUGAAGCUGACUCUUAUCCUUUCACUCUUUGCCGUGUUCGCCCUCACAUUCGCUCAAGAGGGUGACGCUGAAGGUGACGCAGAUGUCGAUAACGCAGAUGUCCCUGCUGAAGAAACCGUUGAUGACUCUGAAGAAGACACCGGUGAUGACAGCAGUAGUGAAGAAUCAGCUGAUGAAACUACUGAUGAGGAAGGUGACAAAACUGAUGGUGCCGUAUCCCAUACUGUUGGACUGAUGGUUGCUCUCCCUUUCAUUGCAAGACUCUUCUAAACACAUUCCUCUCCAACCCAACUAACAAAUCCCUCCUCUGAACCAAGUUAAUGUAACCUACUGGUAACCUAGUUACCAAGUUACCUAGUAACCCAGUUACCAUGGUUACUGAAACAUACUCUACAGACUCACGCAAGGUUGUUACUUUCUAACCUCACCUCCUCUUUUGGUCGUUAAUAGUCAUCAGUGCUGAUGGGUGUGACUGAAUGUGAAUCUUGUUUUUACCGAGUCGUGAAUGGGGCAGAGCCUGAUUUUUAUUGUACAUCUUUUUUGCUGUAUCAUUAGUAGUAGAUUACGUAGGUUUUAUCGUUAGUAAAUAGUAAUGUUAUUCUUUGUUUAAUGAUAUCUUCUUUAUAAAUAAUAACCUUGUUUUAAUAUUAAA